CUUACAAAAACAUAGUAUGGUUAGAACGUCCAUAGUCUUCUAAACAUGAACAAACUGAUCCUGUUUGCAAUGUGUUUCUUAAUUGCAUUUAUUGUCGAGAUGGAGUGUGAAUACAAGUACCUGAUUGUCUGGGAAUUUUUCAAUUACUACAGUGUCAGGUUCCGCUAUCUUGCCGUGGCGGACGCAAAUAUAACUUUCCAAUUCUAUAGCCACACCGACACCAAAGUUCUACAACAUACAACAUAUACACGUUUCUAUAGCGGCAACCUUCAAAUACUGUUAUUCCCGUACAUCAAAAGAGAAGUGCCCCUUCAUUCCAUGAUUGUCAAUUCUUCUGUUGACUUUGAGAUACUGGUGGUGCUACUGAAUGUAAAAGGGGCGGAGGUCGUGGGCGCCUACUACCCUUUGGAGGUUACCAAGAUGAGCAACAUUUAUGUGUUUCCGGUCACGGAGGUAAUCAAUUCAAUUCUUGUUGUAACUGAUUUUGACAAAGUCGAGGUGGACGUGAUUACAUAUUACAGCGAUCAUCUCCGCAGUGAAGAAGAAUCCAUACGGCAUUUCUUUCUAAUAAGACACUUAGCAACAUCCGUCGACUUCUCCGAGGAUAAAGACAACAGAUGGAGAACAUCAGGUUGUCGCCUAGAGGCUAACGAGCAAGUUGCCGUGUUUUUAGUGGUCGCUAAACCAACGCCUUCAGGUGUGGCGCGCUAUCCCAUAGAACCCGUGAAACCCCCUGACGCCUACGACACGUCUUGGAAAUCUUUAGACCUCCAUCCCAACUUCCGGAUCACCGGAACCUACCACAUUAUGCCAGGCCUCAGCAGCACCGUGGUUGGAUACAGGAAGCCCGGGCGUGGGCGGAUGGUCAAGGUACUCGAGGAGGGCGAAGUCUUGAAGAUAGACAAAUCAAGAGCCAGUGAUGUGGAGCUUCAGGUGGAGACGACUGCGAGCUCCCCAGCUAUCUUCGUCUCUAGCACGGGUGGCUUCAUUGGUGUUUUCACUCCUGCACUUAAGAGAGUCUACAAAAUGCAUUUCAUGACUUUCAGUUAUCUCUUGCCAGGAAAGAAUUUCAGACAUUAUUUCCAGGUGUUUCCAGAUAAGAAAGAAGGCUUCUUACUAAAGAUGGAUGGGAUAAAUUUAUAUAAUUACGCUGCCGUGGAUGUGUCUACAGAACUCAAUGGCACGAUGUUGGAGGCGAACAUCAAGUUUGGUGUGAUGGCGUUUGGUACGACAGACGGUGCGAUACUUUACUAUCAUUAUGGUGUAAAUCCUAGGCUAGUGGUUCAGGAUUUUGAUCGUGCACGUCUGAAAUCUCGCUCAAAGAAUUUUACGAAUUCCUAUUAUCGGUUUGUGUGCCCAAUCACAAAGUAUGGCGAGAAUUGCACAGAAGACUGCAAAUGCCCAGAGUCACAUUGUAUAUAUACUGGAGCUUGUUACUCCAGGAAAUGUCAAACAGGAACUUUCGGCCCACGCUGUGAAAACGAGGACCUGUCAGUGUUCAACACGGAGACUUAUCUGAGUCCAUGGAUGGACAGCGAUGGUAACACAUGCGAGGAAAUAAGCAACACAACUAUAGCUGUCAAUCUAAAGUACAAGUUCCGUGUGUCGAAGAUCAAUUUAGCUCUUAAAGCUGACAUCGAGGCUAACACUGCCGAGAUGGUGGAGUCCGUCUACGUUGAACACACCCAGACCAAAGAGAUGGUGGAGGUCGAUCAUUUUACCGUGUCUCCGGGCUCCGUUUUGCCGUCCGUGGACAUCGUGUUGGACAGGGACUACAUGACGCGGAGGAUUAGGAUACGUUUCACUAGCGUGAACAUCUGCACGCUGUCCAUAGAUGGGGGAGUCAAUGUAGCGUCUAGUGAAACUGUCCUCUUUAGUACCCCCUCCCUCAACAAUGAACGGCUCAAGUGCCUACAUGACGGGGAUAGACAUGCAGCCUGUCUCAUUAUGAGCGAGAAAGAUAGGGUUGAUAUUGAAUUCAAAGAAAAGAUGGCGAUAAAGAGAUUAGCCAUUUACUCAACAGUGAGUACAAAGCCGUGGACUCUACUUGUUAGACUGGCAGACACGCUUGUUGGGCUGGAAUCUGACGUUAAGGUGGAGGGCGGUGACGCGCUGUUUAAUUUUGUCCACGUGUCCAUCAUGAUUAACAAGAUACACCUGGAGCUGGAGUCGGGGCAGGUUGCGCUGUGUGAGAUAGAGAUGUACACGGAUGGUGGGGAUACUAGCACGACAGGUGAAACAGUGUCCAAAGAGCAGACAACAACCAAGUAUAGUGUCGGUGCUGUGCACACUAACACAACACCGCAACGCCGCGCAAGCGUGGCAUUCUCCCAACAGGAAGAUUCCCCAGAGGGCACCGUCCAUGUCUUCGUCCUGCCACUGAUCCUCGCUCUCUACUGCCUCGUCCACAUCGCCACCGUCGUGUUCGUCGCCAUGGAGGCCAAGAGACAGGCCUUGGAGGAGCCGAGUAAAAAAGAUGACGCGGACGUCCAAGGAGACGCGGAUGCCGCAACACAAGAUGCAGCGGCUGCACGCGACAAACGUAAGGGGAAGCGCCGGAUAGUCCUGCCGCGAAAAGACAGGGCGGUGGAGCAUGAGGUGUAGCUGAGCACGUCGAGUCGCAAUGAGAGCAUAUAAAAUAGCAAACACAAAUGCAUUUUUUAUAAAUACAUAUAUAUAUACAUUUGAUAAAUACAUAUAUAUA